AUGGAAGUGAUGAUUCUCUCUUUUGUAGGACCGACUGUUCAGUCUGUAUGGGGACUCUCUUCUAGUGAAGAGAGCAUGAUAUCAACUGUGGUCUUUGCUGGCAUGCUGAUUGGGGCAUUCUUGUGGGACUUUUUAUCAGAUACAUAUGGAAGGAA